AAGAUGCAGAGCCUUCCCACCGCUCAUUCCCACCCCCACAGCUCCUCUCGGCCUCAAAGUCACACCAGUAACCAGUGCAACCAAUGCACCUGCAGCCACCACUGCCGGAGUUCUAGUCCCAGCCCCGGCCCUCCGAUGAAGCACCCCAAGCCAUCCAUGCACUCUCGACACUCACCUUCAAGACCCAGACACCGCGGCAGUUGCUCCAAGAACAGGAAGACCUUGGAAGGGAAAGUGAGCAAGAGAAAGGCGGUCAGGAGGCGGAAGCGGACUCACAGAGCUAAGAGGCGUAGCUCAGGGCGAAGAUACAAGUGA